AUGCCUGGGCAAGAUGAUGACUUGCUCGCACGUUUGAAUGCGCUCAAGCCGUCAUCUGUCAACUUGGAAGCCGUCGCUCCGUCAAUAGAUGUACAAACAUCGCAACCACAGACAAUCGAGGACAAGUUAGCGGAGAGACUCAAAACGUUACGAUCCGGUGGCACGCCUUCGCCCAUCAGGAGACCAGAAGCUGCAAACUCAGCAACUCCUCUCCACCGCCCGGAGUCUGUACAAACACAAGAUGUAUCUGCGGUCCCGACGGAUCCCAUCAGGAAUUGGCAGCAACCACACGGCGACGAGCAGAGCGUAGAAGACCUUCUCGCGGAGCUGGAAGCAGACGGCCAAUGGCGGCUUGAUCCAGAAGAACCGAAGAGUGUUGAAGCUUUACUCACAGAGGCUCAACAGGCUUUGCCGAAGAAUUCCGGCCUCCAUACUCCAGAUGGCCAGCGUGAAGAUCACGACAGCCGCGAGCAUGGUGACCACGUCGAUGGCAAUGGUCACGAGUCGGAGCAGACUGAUGACCAGCACGACGAAGCAGAGGCCGAUGACUACAUUGCACGAGUCCUGGCUGAGCUUGAUAUUGAGAAAAAGUAUGGUGGCGGCGGCGAGGGGGAUGAAAAACCGGAACAGCCACCCCGGAGCAGUCAAGAUGCAACAGACUUGAAUGAUGGUCUCGAUUUGCCCUCCACCCCUUCGCAUCUCAAAGAGUCUCCCAACCCUUCCGAUCACCAGCCGCACACUUCCGAGGACAGCGAAUUAGAAGCUCGGUUCUCAAAGCUCGGCAUGGGAAGUUUGGGUCUGCCCUCUACGCCCACUUCCGCGCCAUCUUCCAAGCCCAAAGUUGUGGCAUCCCUCAAACCGGCAAACCGGACUACCUUGCCGACCUUUACGGAUGAAGAAAUCGACAGCUGGUGCUGUAUCUGCAACGAAGAUGGAGAAGUGCGAUGUCUGGGCUGUGAUGGUGACCUUUACUGUCACAGCUGCUGGUCGGAUGGUCAUGGCUCUGGGCCGGGCAAGGAAAAGGGUCAUAAGGCUGUACAAUUCAACCGCAAGCCGCCCAAAGCUACUGUGGCGUGA